GGCUUCUCUGUCUUCUCUGUGGCAGCAUCUUUCUCUUCUCUUUCCCCACCGACAAUUCUAUUCACAUCAUUCCUCUCCGAUCAAAAACUCCCUCUUUCUGAUCACAAUGCAUGCUCUCAAGGACAAAGUCUCUCAAAAACUUUCUAAUCUCUUUGCCGAUUCCCCAAGCCAAUCAGCUUCUCCUCGCUAUUCCAAUUCCGAUUCUCCAAAGGCUAGGUUGAAUUCAAGUGUAGGCAAAUCGUUAUCUUCGUAUUUCUCAUUUGUUGUUCCUCAAUCUGGAAAUGAUGAUGAUUCCGAACCAUGCCCACCUCUACCCAUUAGAACAGAAAGCUAUGAGUCUAUAGAGAAUUGCAAAUCUGGUAAUGGGCAUGAUCAAGCUGAGACCUUUAAGGAAUCAGAUAAGGAUUGUGAGUUGCGUGUUUCUGCGAAAGUCGAAGAAAGCGGUAAUGAUUACUUUCUAGGGGUGAAGCAGAUGAGGGAAUUAACAGAAGGCUCUGUUUUUAUUACUGCUAACUUGUGUGAAUUCUUGCAUGCGAGUCUUCCGAAUAUCGUAAGAGGAUGCAAAUGGAUCUUGUUGUAUAGUACGUUGAAACAUGGCAUAUCACUUCGUACGCUGCUUCGAAGAAGCGGAGAGCUUCCUGGUCCUUGUUUACUGGUUGCUGGAGACAAAAAAGGUGCGGUUUUUGGCGCUCUGCUGGAAUGUCCACUGCAACCUACUCCUAAGAGGAAAUAUCAGGGUACAAGCCAGACAUUCUUGUUCACAACUAUUUAUGGUGAACCACGCAUAUUUAGACCUACCGGCGCCAACCGAUAUUACCUGAUGUGUAUGAAUGAGUUUUUGGCGUUUGGAGGUGGAGGAAACUUUGCACUAUGUUUAGACGAAGAUUUGUUGAAGGCAACAAGUGGACCUUCUGAAACAUUUGGGAACGAAUGUUUGGCUAGCAGCACGGAGUUUGAGUUAAAGAAUGUCGAGCUUUGGGGGUUUGCGCAUGCAUCUCAAUACCUCUCCUCCUGAUCUUGGAGAUCCCUUUCUUUGUCAAAAAUCGAGAUACCUCAAUAGAAAGAAAAGCUUACAGUCGUUUUUCAAUCCGUUAAUUGUUUUCAAAUUUAUGAUUAGGCUUAAGGACAGUUUUUAAGGCUUUAAUCUGUUGAAAGAGUGCCAAUAUAACAUGUUUGUAUCU